AUGGAACUCAAAGACUUCCCAAAUGAGACUCUAGAUCUCAUCAUCAGUCAUCUCUUCGAAUUUGCUGAUAAGUACGACUCCGAUGCUCAAAACCCAGAGCAUCUCGCCAAUGCUCGCCUUGUGUGUCAGCAAUGGAAUGAGCUGGCCUCACGGCAUCUCUUCUCCUCAAUUCACCUACGUCACAGGUCUGGAGCGUUCGAAAAGUGGAAUACAAUGCUUGAUAACGAAACGAUACGAUCGAGCGUCAGGCAGGUCCAUAUCGAUAGCAGUCCCCCGUUCGAAGACGACUACGAGGACGAGUGCGACUGGGAUCUAUGGGUUCGAUGGCAGGAUGAGGGGGAAUACCCAGAAUUCAUAGAUUCUCUUAAUCGCAUAGGUGAACUGCGGAAUUUGACAUCGCUUGUCUUGCACUUUGGCAGAGCAUGUCGCACCGGAGAGUAUGACUUCGAUUCGGAAGCAAGCGAACCCCUUUCCAGUCGGAAGCGCACUCUCCAUGCCGUCUUUGAUGCCAUGGCUAAGCGCACGAACGAGUCUCCUGGUGCCACUACCAUUCGGUCUCUUACUAUCGAGAAUCUUCAAAACUUCGUGUUGGACGAUUUCACUGGUUCUGAUGCGUUUGAGCAGGUAAUGCAGGGCCUGAAGGGCCUACAUGUUCUAGUCGCUGAUGAGGAAAACGCCUUGGACGAAGAGCGUGAGGCCGACUUGUAUCGCCCUGAGCGUCAAAACUUCGAGCCCCAUCUCCGUCAAGCCUGGCUUGAUCCCAUUGCCGAGCAGCUCACUUCCCUUUCGCUGCUCUUCCAUUGUGGCUGGGGUGUCAUGCCUGGCAAAUUCGACACCAGCGGCCUCAGCUUUCCCAACCUCAGGACCCUACACUUGGGGGCUUAUAUCAUCGCUCACCACAACCAGCUUGACUGGGUAUUGAGACAAACAACCUUGCACACUCUGCGUCUUGAGAGGUGUGCUAUUGCCUCACAUCUUCGAAUUGGUGGUGGCCACAGACAGCUUUGGGAUAUACAGGAUACGGACUGGGUAAAGCAUCCGAGAGGGGCGUUCGGUUUCAAUAGUGAAGAUGAUGAAAUCUACACCUUCGAGGGCACAUGGGCGGACGUCUUCAAAGCGAUUCGUGAGUCGCUUCCCAACUUAUUAGACUUUAGAUUUUCCCGGUUCCUUGGUUCCUUUUCCCUCGAUCGGCCAGAUCUGAUGGAGAAUGAGCAGCCGCAUCCGGCUCGCUAUUUUACCUUCGAUACCGGAUACUGUUCGGGUUGGAUUGACGACGUGAUCCAAUCGACCUUCGACAUUGACGACCCUGAGCCAAUUGACAUAGGUUCUGGCCCAACCCUAUACAUCAAAAAGCGAAGAACAGACCGAGGGGUAAAAACAUAUGAGGAAGAUCUGCGGGCACUGGAGGAUCUGGUGGCUUCAACGAGAAGGAACCGCUCUUGCUGA